GUUAUUCAGGACGUAGUAGUGAUCCUAUCUCCGAGGUUGCCGGACUAAUGGCUAAUUCUAUGCAUGCAAAACUAGAGGAAGCACAUUACAGGACUGUUAGUCGUCUGGGUGUUGAACUUUCUGGUAGUGAAAGCGAAGAAAAAGAUAAAACUGAAAAAGUUGACAAUGAUUCAGAUGACUGGGAGAAAUUAAUUUUAAAGACUUUUCUUUUAAUGAAUGGAUUGAUGCAUGUAGUAAAAAGAGAUG